AUGCCCUCAGAGAAGGAAUGGCUCACUUUUGCUAAAUGGGGCGAAAUCUACGGUAUAACAUUGACCGCGAUUUCAAUGGCUUUGAGCGCGCUUACGCAUUGUUUCUUAAGGCGAAUUACUAUCUGUUUCGUCCUUGACCGUCGUAUAGUUGUCGUCAACUCGAUUCAGAUGGCUAUCGACAUGUUCGACAAUAAAAGCUCCAUUUACUCAGGCAGACCAAUCAUGGAGAUGGCCGGCGAGCUCAUGGGCCUAAGAGACUCCCUCGCUUGUCUCUCUUAUGGCACCCGCUUCCGCAACCAACGUCGACUCGCGCACCACAAUUUAGUAAUUCUGCGAUGA